UUUUUUUUUUUUUUAAUUUUCGAAUGUGCAACCGUUGGGAUUUCCUUUUCUUGUUGUGAACCAGUCCCUGGGAUCGUCGCGACGACUGCAAACAACUCCUCCGCAAAGAGAGUUGGCCGAUUUUCCGCCCUCAGCCCCGGAAGCGACGACGACAGGGCCCUGUCGGUUGCAUCGCCAACCCCGAGUUUGUUCGCGUGUGCCUCGAAGUGUCUCGGUCGCCGCGUCAGUGUGCGUGCGUACGUUGGCACGAUAAUGCUGCCGAUGGUCGACGGUCUUGGUGAUCGACGACGACGGGAAUCGGUGAACUAGUGACUAGUGGUGCAAAAUCGAUCGUCAGGGAAACCGGCUAACCAGGCCCGCGUCCUAAACACACCCGUGGAAUAAUGGCCAGCGCGACAAUGGGACUCCGACGCAGAGUGCAGGUGAACAAUUCGCCGACCCCGUCGGGCCAAUCCACCGGGUCCAGCAAGCGUUCCAGGUCCGAGAACAACAACAGCCCGUCCCACGGCAAUUUGAACUCGAUGCACGCGGCGCGGGACGAGCCGCCCACGAAGAAGUCCCGCGGGACGUCAACAAACGCCACGAAGGCGGCCUCCUCGUCGGGGGCGUCCUCGUCGUCGCCGGACGUCAGCCCGUCCUCGAAGGGACGCUCGGUGUCGCGAUCGAGCGCGCAGGCGAAGGCGUCGUCGGCGGAAACGACGGCCAGCAACGGCGUCCUGCCCACCUGGACGACAGCGUCGAACAUGCCAGACAUGUCCACGUACGCGUCGGUGCCCGGACUGAACAUGCCGCCCGGUACGGCCGCCGGCCUCUGUCCCGGUGGCCUGAGCAUGCCUACCCCGAUACCUUACAUGUCCUCGUCGAUGGCGACGUUCGUCGGUACCGCGACCAAUCUGGGAAAAAGCUCGUCGGUGUCGUAUCUCGAUAUCUCGAAUAUGACCGGGGGAUCGUUGAGCUCGAACGGGUCCGGCAACCUGAGCUCGGGUUACGUCGCCGCUAACGGGAACGCGGGCAACGCGAUGGACUCUAAGAGCGUGCCUAUGCCGUUCCCCGGCAUGUCUUCCGGCGUGAACGGGACCGAGUACGGAAUGCAGAAGGGCCAACCGGAUGGCGCUAGUCUGCCGAAGAAGUUCCAAAACGACGGUAUGUUCAACGCUUACCAGCCGUGGGUGAUAAAAACGUACGGCGAUUUGGCGAAAACCAAAACGAUCACCAUUAAAAAGUACGCGCGCAUAUUGAGAACACUGAGGGGCGAGGAAGUGAACAGUGCCGAGAACAGUAAGUUUCGGUUCUGGGUGAAGAGCAAGGGAUUCCACAUCGGUCAGCCGGAAGGAUACGACGCGAAACCGGCGGACAGGAUUAUCGGUCGUCACGCAGUGACGAGCCCCGGAUUGGAUCCUCCGCUCUACGUGCCCACGCAGCUACCGCACAACAAGGCAUUAAAUGGCGCCGAAGGGACUGUUCCACCCGGAAGAGUGUACAAGAAAGUUGCGAUUGUCGAGAACUUUUUCGACAUUAUUCAUGCUGUUCAUGUUGACCUUGAGGGUCGUCCGGGAAAGCAUGCUGGUCAGAAGAGGACGUAUAGGACGAUCACGGAAACGUACGCCUUUCUUCCACGCGAGGCGGUAACGCGAUUUCUGUUGGGGUGCACGGAAUGCCAACGACGCCCGCGGACCCCGAGCCCGACGAAUUUAUCCACCCAGGCGCAGUCUACGUCGACGACGCCGAUAACGACGACGACGACGACGCUGCUGAGCCCCAACCCGGGCGCCGCCCUCACGACGACGUCGACGACGUCGGUGCAAAGUAGUUCUAAGCCGCGCGAGGGACAUCAAACCGGUGACAGCAAGGGUCUGUACAGCUACAGGCAUCAAAAGCAUCACAAGGGGAGCGUCGUCUCGAUAGACAAAACCGAUAAGGAGAAGGAGGAGAAGUACAAUCCCCUGAGUAUCACGAAUCUGCUGAAGAAGGAGCCCGUGGCGGGGAGUUUUUUACCGAGCACGGAAACUCUGCCGGAGUCCAGGCGAACCCCGGAGUCCGAUCGAGCGAGCUCGAGAAGUUCGGCAUCGUCGAAGAGGAAAAGGAUGUUGCCAGAGGGCCGUACGCCAUCCCCUCAGCCCAGCCAGCCGUUGCCAAGGCCGUGGAGCCCUGGACUCGAUCCCAAGAACACGCCCAUAGACUAUAGUCUUCCCAUCACUACUUCGUACCUGAAGCACCAGCAGAGGCUACUGCAGGCGGAGAAAAACAAGGCUGCCGCGCUCAAGGAGUCCGAGCUCGAGCAGAAGAUCACCAUCCUGCCCGCGGACGACAUCGACGCCGUCGAGAGGGACAGAUAUUCGCCAGCCACCGGUCUGAUCGACACCAAUCUCAAUCUACUGGCCACCAUUCAGCACCUCCACUGCCAAGUGAUGCUGGCCCUCACGGAGAGGCUGAGACCGUCCAUGACGAUCCCAAGCCCCCUCGUUCUGCCUUCCAUGACCAACGUAUUGUCGAACGGUAUACUGAUGGGUUCGGAGGUGUCGGUGCAGACCGGCGAACACCACACGUGAAAGAAGAACGUUUCUCUGCGAGGAGGACCAAAUGAUUGUUGACUCCUGUUUUGAAAAUGUGCGUCUGUUUUCUGUGGGACUCGUUGAAUCGAGCGGAGUAGACGUAUAGAUGGGCACCGGUGCCCGAAAUCUGUUGCUCGCAACGGAUCGGACGCGAUUUCCACUGUUUAUCCGGUUAAAUUUUGCGACGACGGAUCACCGGAAUUAUUUAAACCGUUUGUACGUUUAAUUUUUGAUAUUUAAUAAAUUAUUCCUACCCCCCCGAACUAUCCUUGGAGCUAGCUGUUCGAGUCUAACGGAGGAUGAUGAAAUUCGACUGCAGACUCGACUACAAAACUCGUCCACGGUCUUGGAAGGCAACGCUAACGCGGCCAAUAUCCGAUCCGAGCUGCCAUUCGAAUUAUCGGGUAACGCGAUCAUCUAUUAAACCGGAUAAGAUCAAUUACUUCAGCGGCGUCCCGGCGUCAACGUCAGUUAACCGGCCACGUCGGAUCGGAUCGUUUCGCGCUCCCGAUAUAGACGGCGAAACGAGACGAAUUAUUCGUGAGUCUGUCAAAAUAUGGGUCGCCCGUCGCACGUCACCGAUUUCUAGAGAGGAGCCACCGCGACCGCAAACCGAGCACCGGUCCUCGAAACGCGAACGUUCGAUAUUUAGAGAUUCGGUCGCGAGGCGGUCUCCGAAACGGGCGGCGGAGUUUGACAGAGGCGAUUGUUGCGCCAGGACAGCCUCUGAAUAUUUAACGAUCGGAUAAGAUCGUGGCUUGCCCUUCAUCGACAGACCAGUCAGAGAAUUUUUAUUUUUCCAAACGACGACGCGAUACCCAGGGAACAAAUCAUUUUCGGAACUAUGUUUAGAAGAAUAGUCCAUCAAGGUUAACAAGAUCCUCGACUCAAGCACUAACUAAAGAACGUCAUCUUUUAUUGUUAAAAUAAAAUUGCAUAAAUCGAGGAACCUUGUUUAGCUCGUUGAACCGUAGUUCCCGCUUUUAAGGUAGAAUUUUUACCCCGGAUUCAAGGACCAAAAUAACCUGUUUUCGAUUCUGUUCCGCGAAAGUAGAUACUAUUGUACCGAAUGACCACGAUACCCGUUUUCAAGUAACAAUUUUUACCCCCGAUUCGGCCUAAGUUUCAGAGAGAAGUUAACCACUCAGCCCGCUUUCAAGUGAAUUCGCGGUUUCAAUUUUUUCUUGAAAACGGUGACCACUGUAACGAACGGGGCUGACCGACUUGUUUCUUCCGAAUAUGCAGGAAUACCCGCUUUCGAGCGACGGAAUCGUCCUCGGUCGACGAAAAUCGCAACUCGCCCCGCUUUCAAGCGAACUGGUCCUGGAUUUUCUUGUUCGAGAGCGGGAAUCGCUGUGAUUUACGAAACUUCCCGGAACUUUGUUACUUCUGCGUCGCGAUCGCUGUGCGCACAAUUACGCUUAACCCUGACUGCGGAAUUGAUUUUUUACUACGAUGCGACGAUACCGGUUUUGCGAGUAGUACGUUAUCGUUCGACGACGAACAGCGUUUCCAAAUAAGCGGGACCUCGUUUAAUACGAAUGUUAUUAUACCAAAGGCAUCGCGAGGGGGGUGAAACUCUCGCGACGACCAUAUCCUCGAAACCUGACCGAAUUGUUUUGUCGAUGUUCGAGCUAACGUCGUGAACGGGGGUGGGUCACGUGGCCCGUGAUCGUCUCGUGGAACUCGUUCGACGCUAAACUUUUUCGUAUUUGACCGUGUAGUAUAGCCUUGUGUAUGAUAUUAAGCCUAGAGGUAGUUUUUCGUGUAUCAUAUAGCAUGUCGUUAGCCGGUGAACCUCGAGGACAACAAGGUACAUAGUAGGCCUUAAGGGUGUGAUCACACGGACGUGUUUGUACUACUAGAAGUUUGAUAAUCGUUGUGAAAGUAGCCGCAGAUGUUGAAUACGCUCGAGAGUGUAUCGAAUAGCACCAAACCCUAUUAUUUUGUACAUAAAUCGUUGUAACAUAGCGCAAUUAGUUGUUAAGGGUAAAACGCGCGACUAUAUUAUUACGAAUAAUAUCGCUAUUAUUAUU